AUGGAAAUUAUUGAUAAUAACAGUCAAAAAGAUAUUUGUUUGGUACAAGAACAAAAUAAUCGUCAAGACGUAAAUGUUGAAGAAAAAAUUAAUAUAAGUAUCAAGUUAUUACCAAUGUUUAAAGCAAAUCAACCAUAUGAAAUUUUUUUUAUUAAUCGAAAGACUUCAUUUAAACUUCUAUCACAAUUAAAUGAAGAAAUUAAACAAACACAAGAAUUAACAUUGUUUACCCAAGAUGAUACAAUUCUAAAGAAGCAGUAUGCUAUAGUUGUAGUUAUGUUUGAACAGCACGAUAAAUUAAAUAUUCUUAUAUUCGAAAUGUUUCAUUUACCGUACUAUGCUACAAAAUCAUAUUGUCAAAUCAGAGAUUUAUUUGAUUCAAUCUUCUUUUAUACAAAAGCUACACUGUAA